AUUCGCAUAAUGCAAACGAAGAAAGAAGCAACGAUAAAUUUUUCAAUCUCAUCACUUUGUGAUCAAAAAAGACAAAGCUUUUAUUAGAGAAACUGCGCCGGUCAGAAGAACUACAUAUAGUAUUUGCACAUGCAUUAUUACGUGAUGCUUCCAUACGGCUAUGCAAAUAUCAGUGUAUAUUGUUUCUCAGAGAAAAUAAGAUAUGUGGCAAAUGAAACCUAACCGGAAAGCUUUCCUUGAUUGUUAUCGAUUGUUUCGAAAAAGUUUCCUUAACAAGAUUCGUCUGAAAUCGCCUGAGGAAUCUAAAUGACAAAUAUGAUAAUGCAUACACAAAGAUCAAACUAUGGAGUCAACAAGUCAUCAUCGGAUUCCGAGCUAGCCCAGGAUAAGAAGAAUAAAGGACGAAAAAGUAAAUUGAAAGAACGAUGGCCAUUCGCAGAUGGACUUACGGUUGACGAGCUUGCUCGUUAUAGAAGAAGACGCGUGGAGGGUCAUCCAAAAGAUAAUGUUAGACCUUGUGCCGAAUUUGACGUACUUGAAAAGGAUUUUUUAACAGAGUAUCGUCGCGCUUUCCGUGCGAAAAGUGAAGAACUUCUUAAGGAGAAUAUUUGGCCGGUGAAGAGCAAACGACCAUCGAGCUUUCUACGAUUAAACGGUGCCUAUGACAAUGUAGAACCAUUCUACAAUCAAGAUUUUCAAAAAUAUGAACAACUAGAGCUUCCAUCGAAAAGAUCAGAACAAAACUCGUCUUUUGUUCUUGCUGAAGGAGACGGAAGGAUGGAAACUCAAACGGAGCAAUCAAAAUUUAUUGCUCAUACGAACGUGAUCGGUCGACCACCGAUCAUUAGAAGAGGUACUAGUCUAAAGCGAGAAGGUAAUUUAUACGCGGACACAGAAAUGUAUUCAGCUUAUGUGCCCCAUGAAGGCCAACAUAGGGCGGAAUUAGCCCGAAGGCCAACGUCCUUGAAAAUGGAGGGUGAAAUGGAAACGAUGACCGAGAAGUGUGAGAAGUUCAUUCAGUGGUUAAACGUCAGCAGGCCGGAACUUAUGCGUGUUCCAACGCAACUUAAACUCGAGGGUGAAUUCGAGACUAGCACAGAAAAUCAUGAGAAGUACGUCCCUUUUGUUGGGGCGAGAAGGCCAGAAUUACUUAGGCAAGGUACGAGUUUAAAACUCGAGGGUGCAUCCACUUUCGUGGCAGAAUAUUCUGACGUUUUCAAGCAGCACGCAGUCACUGAAAGACAACCAGCAAAGAAACCUGAAACACAUUUGAAAACUGGCGAUAAUUUCUUCGAAGUUACGGAAAACAAGAACAAUUAUAUCAAUCCUCGUGUUAGAGAGGCUCAACUGAUGGCAGAAUUAGCGAGAGAUAUUGAAGAAGAAGAAAAAGAAGAAGAAGAAAAGAAAAAAAAGAGAGAAGAGGAAGAAGAAGAAGCAAAGAAAGACAAAGAAAUGCAAAUGCUAGUGUCAAAAUUGGAAGAGUUGAAGAGUCCGCCCUUAGAAAUUCCAGAAUAUAAAGAUGCCUACAAAGACUUUCCAAGAGAACGACCAACAUUCGCAAAGCCCGAAGACGAGAUUGGUCGAGCUGAUGGUUCCAAAGUACUCUCUUCGCCAACUCGUUUGAAAUUUUCAACAAAAAUUGAUCAAGAUCCAGAAUAUAAAUCGAAGUAUCUUGAUUAUCCUAAAGAUUCCUUCGUUUAUCGAAAACCACCAUUGGCAUUGAGAACCACUGCACCUUGCUCUGACCGUUCUACCUGCAACAAACAUAAUUUUUAUGAGACCAGACGAUACGAUUACGAGCCAACCAGCGAAGUAAGAUCACAAUACGUUCCUUAUGGUCACGUUCCUCGUGUCAAACCUCUGAGAAUCCCAGCUAAUUUACGAUUGGAAGGUAGUCUCGAUCUACAACCAGAAUAUAGAAAUGCCUAUUGUAGCCAACGUGAUUAUCGAUCUUCCUGUGAUUUGAAAAAACAAAGAAAUCGUGAGAGAAGUCUCAGUGCUUCGAGAAAGAAAGAUAAUUAUUGGAUAAACAAUAAUAACAGUGAGAGAUUUGGUUGUGUUAAUGCUGCUGAAGAUCAGGAUGCUUUUCAAGUAUUGAACACUCGAAUUCAUGAGGAUAGUAUCAUUGGUAAACCUCCACCAAGUAAUAGAAGACAUUAUAGAACAUCGCAGAAUCAAGAAUCGAUGCGAUCAGAUGCCGUUGAUGAUCGUACUAUACUCAGAAAUCGAUCACCUAGUCCAACUUAUCGUCUUCACGUUUGCAACGUUGAUGAUGAACCACGUGGUUUUGGUCAACGUAAACGUUCAACGCCAAUCGAGUCUUCCGAAAGAUCACACGAUCCAUUGCCUGAUCGUUUGAAUAGAAACAAUCUUCAUAGAUCGUAUUCUCCUAGUUUCGGUAGAAACGAGACUAAAGAACAAUUGGACAACGAACAAUCCUUCGUCGUUUUAGAUAAUGUCAACAAGUGUUGUAAUAAAAGGGAAACGCGUAGAAAAAGAUUGGAAAAAAAUUAUAACGUAGAAAAUAAUGUAUCAAUGUCCAGAGGAAGACCAAGAACACCAACCAAUUGGAUGCCACCUUGGUACGAUAGUACUAACACGAUCUAAUUCAUUAUAAAUCAUUAAAAUAAUCAUGAUUGAUUAAUAACUAUACUCUAAAGAGCAUAAAGAAACAAAAUUCUUGGACAAAAUUAUACGAUAUGCUAUCAAUAGAAAAUAUGAUCCUAGAAAUGAUACUUUAGCUACAUGUACUGCCUAUAAAUAAGACAUGAUUUAUUUAUUAAAUAAUAUUCUAUGUUCGUGUAUACGUGAAAGGCUGAAUAUCAGGUCUAUAAAAUUAUAUAAUUAUAUCACGAGCAUGAUAUUAAAACGCACAAAAUAUGUAUUACAAAAAAAUAUAUAUAAUUAGAUAACUUAAUAGAGGAAAAAAGAAGAAAUAGUAUAUAUACUAUACGAUUUUCGUACGUGUUAAAAGAGCGAAGCACUACGAAAGUCUGCCAAUAUACAAAAUCUAUCGUGUAACUCAGGAAUGUAAUUAUGCGAUAUAGAAAAAACGAUGAUACGACGCCGUGCAUCUGUAGAUCACUCUAAGUAAUUUCCAUAAAAAGUAACUUUUUAUAUGAUUCUCACCAUUUUUUAUAUAUAUACCAUAUGCCAUAUAUUUUUUUACUUAAAUGCCAAAACAGACAAAGGAUUUAUACACACAUAAAUAUACAUAUAUAAAAUGCGCUUGGGAAACGCGCGGCCGUUUAUCAAUUUUUCUAUACUCGAUCCUUUUUUAUAUAAUAACCAUUUAUCUUCGAAACCUUUACAUUUGAUCUAUUGAUGCACAAUGACGCGCGUCUAUGUAUACAUAUAUAAAAUAUACAUGCCAAUUUUAUUAUAUAUAUAUAUAUAUAUAUAUAUAU